AUGGACGAAGACGACUUUGAGGACCUGCUCUUUGGAGACCCGGGCACGCCAAUGUGUCCAAGCGACAUGCUGCUCGAUGAAUCUAACGACGAUAUUCUCUUUUCUAAUCGACAUGCACAGUUCCACGAUUGGGAGUCAGCAGAUACCAUCAGUUCGCCUACUGUUCCUGGUGUGCUAUCUGGGGAGCACACACCCACGAACAGUGAAACCAAUGUUUACGAACAGCAUGGCCGCCAUACCGCUGAACCUACUCAGAGACCCGUUCGUGACAGGUACUGGGUGAUCGCUCGUAUUGAAGCCAUGCUAGAAAGAAUCGUUGACAAUCUUUUGGAACAACAUAAGUCGCUUACCAUAACCCUAAAAUCCCGUGCAAACUUUUCUCGUCGAAACGCUCCCAGUAAUGAAGGAGAUGGAUCAAUUCCCAAGCCCAAAGAGCGCGAUAUCAACUUCCCAGGCGCCAAUGCUCAAGAAGCCUGGAAAUUCACCGUGCUGUUACGCAUCCUGGAGCUCAUUCAUGGUAGUCUCCUUGACAAUACCAUGAUGACCAAGCGGGAUAUCUAUUAUCGACACCCCGAUCUAUUCGUCAAGCAGUCCGUUGUAGAUCGAUACGUAGAUGAUCUUGCAUGCACGUUUGGCAUUACUAGAUCACAACUCAAUGUGACUGCUGCUGCCAAAGGCUUAGUGGCUGGAAACUUCAAACUAGAGCAAGCCAACAACCUGUUUCAUAGAAUGAGCAGUAGUGAGGGCCUGCUCAUUCCUGUCGUUCGUGACAAUGAUAGUUGGGAUUUAACAGAGACCCAAUGGGUCCUCAUAAUUGAAAAGGAGGCGACAUUUCGAUCGUUGAUUGGAUCAGCGCAAUGGAGUAUGUUGGGCUUACACGGUGUGGUCGUAACUGCCAAAGGAUAUCCUGAUGUCGCUUCUAGGCAGUUCCUGCGCCAACUUGGGAACACUGCACCCCACAUUCCCAUGUUCGUUUUGGUUGAUCUUGACCCCGAUGGUAUCGCCAUUCUGUCGACGUACAAAUAUGGUUCUUACCGCCUUAUGCACGAAGACGUUGCACUCAUGAAUACGCCCGCACUGAGUCUGCCCAAUAUCCAGUGGCUGGGAGUAAAGAGAGACAACAUGAGUCUAAGUCUGGUAGGCGAGGACGGGGCAGAAAGGAAGAUGAUACAUCAACCACAAGGCCUAAUGAGGCUCACAAUGCGCGAUCGUACCAAAGCAAUACGAACGCUGGAGUGGGAUCUGUGCGGAGAAGAUGGACUUGAGCGAGGCUGGAGACAGGAGCUACAAUGGAUGCUCAUGCUCAAUAUCAAGGCUGAGAUGCAAGUCCUCGACGAGCUACCUGGCGGAUUGGUGUCAUGGCUGAGCGAUCAGCUUGGGCAUGCAAAUAAUUUACUGGUGACUGCUACAAAGACAGGCAGUGAUUGUUCAGACGACGGCAUGCUCUUCUAG